AUCCCGUGGUGCAUGUGUUUGAUAUAAUGGAGGUUUGUUUUGAUUUAAAAAAAAAAAAAAAAACCUUGCGAAUUGCAUCAACUAUUGAAAUGACCAUUACUGAAUCAUUGUCAGCAGCACAGAGCAGACCGGCUGUAAAAGUGAGACCUGCAGGGGUAAGCUUGGUCGGUACCCACCCUGGCCAGGGAAGAUUGUAAGCCCGCCCAAGGAUUUGAAAAAACCAAGUGGCAAAAAAUGUUUCUUUGUGAAGUUCUUUGGAACCGAAGAUCAUGCUUGGAUAAAGGUGGAGCAGCUCAAGCCAUACCAUCCCCACAAGGAAGACAUGAUAAAGAUCAAUAAAGGCAAACGCUUCCAGCAGGCGGUGGAUGCAGUGGAAGAGUUCCUCAAGAAAGCCAGGGGAAGGGAGCAGGCAGCACACAACUCCGCAGAAGAGAACAGUAAAAGCAGUUCCGAUGAUAAAACCAAGUCCAGCUCUGCGGAGGCAAGAGGCAGAAAAAAUUCCACAAGCACUCUUAAAUCACCCCAGGCAGGAGAGGGUGACGAUCUCAGCCCAAGGAAACGGGGCCGACCUCCCAAGGACGAGAAGGAAUCAUCAGACCCAGAGCCUUCCACAGUACAAAGAAUGAUGUCAGGAACAGUAUCAGGUUUCAAGUGGCAGAGUAAUCAAGUAAAGGAGGACCUUCACUUCCAUCACUUUCUGCUCAGCCAGUCUGAGAAGCCAGGUUCUUCAUUGGAGCCUAUCAGCAAACGUUUGAAGAUUUUCGAAGAGGACACUGGCUCAACAUCAAUUCAAGCUGCAGACAGUACAGCUGUGAAUGGCAGCAUCACCCCCACAGACAAAAGAAUAGGAUUUCUUGGAUUAGGACUGAUGGGCAGUGGCAUCGUUGCAAACCUUUUAAAGAUGGGACACAUUGUGAUGGUUUGGAAUCGCACCGCAGAGAAGCUUGGUUCCUUGCAGUGUGACUUGUUUAUACAAGAAGGUGCAAAGUUAGGACGCACUCCAGCCGAGGUGGUUUCUAUGUGUGAUGUCACGUUUUCCUGUGUUUCCGACCCAGAGGCUGCCAAGGAUCUAGUGCUUGGUCCCAGUGGUGUCCUGCAGGGAAUAAGACCAGGGAAGUGUUAUGUAGAAAUGUCCACUGUAGAUCCCGACACUGUUACAGAAUUAUCUCAGGUGAUCACGUCCAGGGGGGGGCGCUUUCUAGAGGCUCCAGUCUCUGGGAGCCAGCAGCUCUCCAAUGACGGGAUGCUGGUCAUUCUAGCUGCUGGAGACCGGUCGCUGUAUGAAGACUGCAGCAGCUGUUUCCAAGCUAUGGGAAAGACCUCGUUCUUUCUGGGUGAAGUGGGGAAUGCAGCGAAGAUGAUGCUGAUCCUCAACAUGGUUCAUGGAAGUUUUAUGGCAACGAUUGCAGAAGGGCUGACACUGGCACAAGUAACUGGACAAUCACAGACAACAUUUCUAGACAUUCUCAGCCAGGGGCAAAUGGCAAGCACUUUCUUGGACCAGAAAUGCCAAAAUGUCUUGCAGGGCAACUUCAAGCCUGAUUACUAUUUGAAACACAUUCAGAAAGAUCUCAGGUUAGCAAUCGCAAUGGGCGACUCUGUCAAUCAUCCCACUCCAAUGGCAGCUGCAGCCAAUGAGGUUUAUAAAAGAGCAAAGGCGUUGGACCAGUCUGAUAAUGAUAUGUCUGCAGUUUACAGAGCCUACAUUCACUAAACUGCAGUUGUCAUUUUUAAGUGUGGACCACAUUGUUGUUGUUUUGUUCACUUCCUUUUCUAAAUGAAUCUGCUGUUUCCCCUGAGUCUGAGGGGAGAAGCGGUGGUAACAUGGCCAAGCCUCCUGAGCGUUGCCCUGCCUGCCUGUAAAGGGACAAAUGAAUUGGCCAGCUGUGUGCGGCUCCUUUUUGAUUUGACCUUGUUAAAGCUUGAUGAGAGAAGUAAUGCAGUGUGUCGGGCAAAUUGAAAUCCUACCCAUUGCAAUGGUUUGCUUGUGUUUUUAAACCAAUUCAAACUUCUGGUUUAGGUUCCUUUUCCAGUCACGCAUGUACCAUCCACUGUUACAUACAAAUGCUUUAUUUUCUUGUUGCUAUGUUAGAUAUAUUUUAGUGUUGCAGUUGUGUUUCAUUGUCGAUGGCACACUUUUCUGUUAAUGGGUCCAGAAUUUAUUUUGCCCUACUUUGAGUAUCAUUCUGUUAUGAAAUACGAGACUGGAGAUGCACCAAGGAAAUGCCACUGCAAAGCCUUAGUAAAGUCUAACCCUGAUUUAGCGGAGAUUAUUUAUUUGAAGAGAAUAUAUAGAGGGGAGCAGUGUGACACUUUAUUGGUGUGUCUUACUUGUCAAUUAUUUAAAUGCCUUAAAAUGUUUUCAGUAAUUUAUUUCCCAGACUUGAUACAGUUAUCAAGAUCAUUUUCUUAAGGGCCAGUUGCCAAGGCUGUUAAUUAUUUCCAUAAACCGAAUGCUCAAGACAGAUUUGAUCCUGUAUUUCAUACCUUGCCACACCAUGCCAGGCAUGAUUCUGUAUCAGUAGGACUGUAAGAACAGGCUGGAGAACAUGUAGUGCCACCGUUUUCUGGAUAUCUGUGUGUUUUAAUGUUGGCUUUGCUUCUGGUAGUGUAUUCUAUUGAUUUUAUUACAGCUGUAGCAGGAAAUCGGUUUCAUCCUGCCUCAAGGGGUUUGUUUGUUUUGGCAUCGUUAUCUAGCAUGCUUUCAGUAAGCACCGUGAUCUCCGAGGGACACAUCAUUACGCAAGCAGCUUUUUUCAUUUAUAUUUCAUACGUAAUACCUAUUGUUUUGACAGACAAAACAAGCACACACACACACACAUAUAUAAAUGAAUGAGUGAGAGAACUUUCUUUUAAUAGAACCACAUUGAAAGGGUUCGUUUGAAAAAUAGAUCAGAAUAAUAUUAACCUUCCUAUUUUGUAUUUAGUCAUACUUGUGCGAAACCAAGUUAUGGGUAAUAUUGGCUAUAAAGUAACAAAACAGACUGCAUUACUUUGAACUGGAGAAAGAUAAUUCAUACUCGGAGCUUGCACCAGUAUACAUAUUUUGAUACAGAAUGCUUCAUUUCCUGUGUGAAAAAAAGUAUAAACUACUUUUUGUAAUUGUUUUUAUAGAUCUCUUAAUUUUAGUAAAUCCUGUUUACUUCUAAUAACUGUGACCUGUACAUUGAGCAGAUAAGUUAAAUACAUGUAUUUUAUUUUGCCUGAAAGCAACUCCUGCUUAAUGCCACAGAUCACUGUUCAUAUUGCUGCUUUACUUUUGCAUGUCAGCAGCACCAGUGACUUCACUCAUCCCAGCGUGAUACCUUUGAUCAGUCUUUACCACAAACCCAACAGACCCUCUCUGACUUACCACAGUAGGAUUGCAUUGCUUGUGUCUAUUGUAGUUCUUCAGUAUUUUUAUAUUGUUAUUUUAAACCAAUCAAUUGAAACCAUUAAUCAUUGGUGUCUUAAUGCUCCAGGCGGCUCUGGCAGUGGGUGCCUUUGCAAUGUUUCCUGUUUCUCCACAGGCAUACAUGAGUAGCUUUGACGAGAAGUAGCCACUGCUUCAGAGCAAGUUUGCUGAUCCGUAACAUUUUGUGUAAAAGGAGUUUUGCCUUUUGUUCAUAAGCAAUGUUUCUCAUUCAGUAUGUAUGUGAAAAAUGUGAAGAAAAAAUUAUUUUGUUCAAUUAACAAAUCCUCUCAAUUAAACAAAUAAAUAAA